AUGGAUGAAGACAACGCCAAUGAAAUAUUCAAGGCGUUCACAAAACAGAAUAUAAAAUAUGACUUAGAAGAGACAGCUACAGUAUGCUAUAAAUCAAAAACGUACUCGGCAAAAGUUCUUCUCCAUGGUAACGUUCUCUGUGUCUCCGAGUCUAGUGGAACUGAAGCUGUCACUGCAUGUGUUCCUCUCAUUUUUCUUCUGGAGCAAGUGGUAAUCGUAAAGGCUGAAGAAAAUUCAGAAGUACCUCCAACAUUCUCAUUCGUUGUCACAUUUAGUGAGCCAGCAGAAAAUAUUCAAAUUACAUUGGAAAGCGAAGAGAAAAGAGAACAUUGGAUGGUAAAACUUGCCACCUGCUCUCAUCAAAUGGCUCGUGCUGAAUUGGAUGAGGUUGCUUAUAAAUUCUACACAAUGUCUCCUUCUGCUUCCUCUGAAACAGAUAGUGUAAUUGACCCGAAAACAUCUUCUUUUCAAAAUUUCUAUCAAUCGGCCCCGUUGAGAGUGACGCACAGUUUUGCUAUUACGCAACAAAACAACUUGCCUCCGCGAAGAGUGAUUGUAGAAGAAAGUAUGUGCGAGUCCAAGCUUUCAUUGAUUGUUCCCAAAGAAAUAAUAAAACUGAAUAGAAAGAAAAUAUCUGAAUUUUCCGGGUUAUUAGAAAGUCGUCUGAAAGUAUGGCCGCAAGUGUCGAUUUCCUGGCUUCAUGAGGUCAUCAGACAACUUCGUGAAAUGUCAGAAACUUAUGAACAAUGUUUUGAAUUUGUGGAUCACUAUUCUGGUCCGAGCUUCCGAAAGUCAGUCGAAAAACAUCGCGUGGCUUUCGGACUUGUUCCGACGAAUCUUCACAUACAUUCGUAUGAAAUAAAUUCUAAUGACAGAAGAGAUUUCAUCACAGCCGGAACAGCGUCGGCCAUUCCUCAUCGUUAUCAUUUAGAUGUUGAACCUUACAAUUUUGAUUAUACGUUCUGGAAUAAGCGUCAAGUUAUCCUCGAAUUGAAAAAGACUAUCGGAGAAUUGAGUCAUAAAAUUGAAAAAGAGUGGAAAAUUGCCAAGUUCGGCAGUCCCGAUAAAAUAUGCCUUCAAGUACAUGCAGGAAUCAAACAAGUCUACGAAGGGCUGAAAGACGUCCUUUCAAGUCUUCCGGAUAUCGAACGAUGCUCUGAUAUUUUACUAGAAGAAGAAAAAAAGAGGGAAGCGUCAGGAAGAACAAUGCCAGAGACCCGUGUUUAUGACAACAUUCAAAAUCAAAUCGAUCGAAUUGAUGCGAUGAUUGUUAGUCUUAAUACAAAGAUAGCUGUUAUUGACACUCUUAAUGAGGCACCACACGAACGUGAAGCUUGUGAGAAGAACACUCGCCAAGCUGUUUCUACGUGUUUAGAUAUUUUGUUAGUAUUAGCUGAUUCUAUUCUGGAAUCACAGCUAUUCUCUCUGGUAAAAUCACUACAAAAACCAUCAGUUGCUCAGUCUUACCUACACAUCAUGAUUAGGACUGAUUUCGUUCUCUCUCAAGCUGUCACGAUAGCGACUACUGCUAUUUUGAAUCGAAUUCAGAAGAAGGAUGUACCAUUCACAAACGACUUCCUUCUAAUCGUAUUCUCGUUUUUGAGUGCUUAUGGCGAUGAGCGAGGAAUGAUCGAGGAUGCAGUCGAAGCAUGGAAAUGUUUGGAGCAACGAGUUCGGUUUCGAUUGGUUCGUGCUCCAUCUGCAGUAUGUCGCACUUGUAUUCCUAUGGUGCAAGGAACUAGAAGUAGUCUCAAAGUGUCUAUUCCUCUUCCCCACGAGUAUUUCGAUGCUUUGCCUGAUAACUUCAAAUGGACUUCUGAAUUCACUGUUGUAACAUCUUAUUUCAAUAUCGGAGUCAAUCAUGAGGCGACACUCGGUCAAUCUUUCGGAGGCGUAGCCGUGGAAAGUAGUGUAAAUCAAGAUGCCGCUGAGAAGUUGAACAUGUUUGCGAAUCGAAACGAAGCUAGUCAGCGUGCACGAGAAGCAGUUAUGGAAGUGGUGAAUGAGGUCUCAACCGAACCUUCGCGGAAAAAUCUCUCGAUUUUCGAAUGGGCAAUGAUGGCAAGCGAACAGCUUGGUGCUGAAGCAGUCAUUUCUUGUAAAAGUGGAAAAGACCGAACAGGAAUGGCUUCGACAUUGGAACAAGGAAGGGUUCUUCGUGAAACUUGCGGAUUCAACACCACGCAGAUAUCGGAAAUAGUGAAUUCACUGCGUAAAGAUGGAGUUCGUCGUGAAAAUUGUCGGAAGAAUGUGGGAAAACCAGUUUAUUCGUUUAGUCCUUUCCAAAUGCACUUCCUUCCCAAAGCUUUUCGCCCACCAUCUGGAACAUAUUCCAAAGGAGUUGCCAGUUGA